AUGGCAAGUCAAGUUUCAAGCUGUUUAGAUGUUCAAUCUGUGCCUGAGAGUUACAUAUUCCCACCGGAAACAAGACCGGGUAAGCUUACUGUUCCUCUAUGCAAGACUAAUCCAGUCAUUGACCUUGGAAAAGCAGUUGGUCAGGCACGAACCGACAUAAUUCAGCAGAUUUCAGAAGCUUGUCAAAGAUUUGGAUUCUUCCAGGUUCAUAAUAUCCUUUUUUACUCAAUCACUUCUACUUGUUUGAUCAAUUUAUUUUGUUCUUUCGAAAAUUCUCUCAAGGAGUUAAUGGUUUCUUGCAAAGAUUUUUGUCUCCAUCAAACAAAUUCUCUUGAAGAUCAUAUUGUUUUGUGGAAACAGGUGAUCAACCAUGGAGUCCCUGAGUGUUUGAUAAUUGACACAACGAAAGUCUUCAAUGAUCUUUUCAACUUGCCUGCUGAAGACAAGGUCAAUGUCCCUGAAAAGAAUGGAUGGUUCUACACAGACAGUAUGAAGUUCUCCAGCAAUGGUGUUCAUUUGUGGAGAGAGAAUAUCAAAGUCCCUUGUCAACCUCUGGAGGAGGAAUGUGUACAACUUUGCCCGGAAAAGCCGAAUAGAUAUCGUGAGAUUGUUGUAUCAUAUGUAAAAGAAUUAAGGAAGUUGAGUUUGAGGAUUCUCGAGCUGAUUUGUGAAGGAUUAGGAUUGGAAGGAGGGUACUUUGAAGAAUCCAGUGAAGUUCAGUUAUUGACUGCAAAUUAUUAUCCACCUUGCCCGGACCCCAGUACAACCUUGGGAUUAUUGAGACACUGUGACCCUAGCCUCAUAACCAUUCUCCUUGAAGGGGAUGUUUCUGGGCUUCAAGUGUUCAAGGAUGGGGAAUGGAUUGGUGUCAAGGCUCUUUCCAAUGCAUUUGUUGUUAUUGUAGGCAACCAGUUGGAGAUUAUCAGCAACCAGAAGCUAAAAAGUGCAGAACACAGAGCAGUAACAAAUCCAAGUGAAGCCAGGACAAGCAUUGCCACCUUAAUUAAUCCUUCUCUCGACUUCGUCGUAGAACCUGCAAAAUUGUUGGUUAAUGACCUGAAUCCUCCACUCUACAGACCCAUCCUCUACAAGGAGUUUGUGCAUAGUUCACGAGCCUUUGGUCCUGAUACUGAAGCAAUAAAAUAUCGUAUAAGCUCCGAGCUUUAG